AUGACGAUCACCACCCAGCGCACGACCGCCAACUCUCCGGCGCAGGCCGCGAAGAACCGAGUCCGGGGGCCGACGGUCGCGGCGCGGCGGCGCAGUGGACGCAGCCCGGUUCGCAGCUUCGCGAGCUACGGGGGCGGCCACGGCACGGCCCGGCGCGGGCCACCUUCCGCGGCGGAGGCCAGCGCGGCGGCUGCGGAGAGGCACGACAGCAUGAUGACAAAAGCACGCUGGCGGGGCACCGAGGCAAUCGCAAGGGAGACCCCAGCGGGCUCUUUGUCGGUCGCAUCGAUGCCGCAACGCAAGGACUACACAAACGACGCCGAGCACCACGGCAAGUUCCAGGAGCGGCAGCAGCGGGUGAGCGCGCAGUACGAGAAGCGGGUGCUGGGGCGUAAUAAAUAA